CGUUUGUCUGUUUCAAAAAAAAAUUGUUAAUUAUAUUUACAACAAUAAAUAUACUGCCUAAAACUGCAAUGGAAUACGAUUAUUGUAUUAAAAUAAAACAUCUAUUCAAUUAGUUCUGAAAGUGGAGCUAUUGCUACAAACUAUAUAUGUGCAUAUUCACAUAAUUAUUAAAUGAAAUAAUUUUCACAAUAAGUGGCAGUAUGCAAAAUAAAUUUAUUUUAUGCAAAAUAGCCGUGGAGCGCGGAACAACUUCAGAUGAGACGACACAGGACGACUCUCAGUUAAACAGUUUUCAAUGGAAUGACAAGCAUUGGAGAACGCUCUUUCCAUUAUCGCCUGAGAUCUUGGAAAAAUGUUACAAACGAAAGCUUUCGAAAAAUAUUGUAAUUGCUUUUGAGGAAAUUGUUGACAAACAAUGUGAUAAAUGUAUUUUAGCGAUGACUUAUAAUGCAAACAAAAUGCGUAUGUCAUUGGAAGAGCAAUGCCUGUUGCCUAAUCUUUUUGACAAUUAUAUAGAAACUAUAGGAUAUCAAAUCCAAGCAACAAAUGACACUGAAGUUGAGCCUGAAUCAAGUGCCGAGAACGCCAACUCUAAAAAGCAAACAUUGAUGCAGGAAUAUGUAACUACCGCACUUUAUGAUGCAUUAUAUAAAAAACACAAUGACAAAAAUACAUUGUCUGAACGGAAAAUGCCGGCAUUACCGAUAAGUUUUCAGGCAACAUUGUGCAAUUACCAGGUGCGCACAGUACUCUGGUUAUUACAACGUGAGCAGGAAGUUUCAAGUUUUCCACAUUACUAUACUAAGCUACAGGCACGCGAUGGUGAAACAAUUGUAUAUAAACAUCUCUUAAGCUGGCACAUCCAAGCAACCAAGCCAGCACUAAUUAUGCUGCAACCUGGCGGUAUACUCGCCGAUGAAAUGGGUUUGGGUAAAACAGUGGAAAUGUUAGCACUUAUUGUAUUAAACCAACGAAACUUGACUUUGCAAGCUACGACACUACCUGCCUCAUUAACCGUUAAUGACGAGCCGGAAGUGAAACGCAAACGUCAUUCGAAAAGUUUAUUUUGCAUUUGCUUCAAAAAAACUGCAAAAAAAUUACAAAAAUGUAAUCGUUGUUAUUUAGAACAACAUUCUGGCUGCGUGAGCAAAUUUGAUGUGGAAAUAGACAGUGAUGAGGGUUACAUAUGUCCAAGUUGUUGGUACGAUGCCACAAAAGAUAAACCACUUCCUGCUGCUACAACAUUUAUUGUUACGCCAAGCACUAUAAAAGCACAAUGGUUAACGGAGAUUAAGCGGCACAUCAGACCAACACUUAAGGUUUUCGAUUACAACGAAGCGGUUGCAUCAAAUUGGAUUAGUCCACGUCAGCUGGCAUCUUACGAUAUCGUACUAACCGAUUACUGUGUAUUGCGUCGUGAAUUAUACCAUACCAGUGAGUAUGUGUCCGAACGGGUAACACGAAAUGAGCAGCGUGCGAUGCGGCGCUUAUCACCACUGCUGAUGGUGCAAUGGUGGCGCGUGUGCCUAGACGAAGCACAAAUGGCCGAGUCGAAUACUUCUAAUGUGGCUGCUAUAGUACGGCAAUUACCGGCUGUAAACCGUUGGGCCGUCACAGGUACGCCUAUACAACGCAGUAUAGAUGAUUUGUGUGGUCUAUUGAAAUUCAUUGGUUUUGACGAACCAAUUACACCGCUAAGCAGUUGGAGAGCUCUGACAGAUGAUUUUAUAAUACGACAAAAUGAUUCCUUCGCCGCUGAUGACACGAAUCUGACACUUGUUGAUGUACUGCAACGUUGCAUGUGGCGCACAUGUAAAACCAUGGUCGAUGCUGAACUACGUAUACCACCACAAACUGAGCAAGUGCAUCGCAUAAGAUUGAGUAAUUUGGAAAAAUUAUUUUAUAGUGAACAACAUGCGCUAUGUGAGAGUCGCUUCGAACAUGUGUUACAAAAACAUUUGGGUAGUGAUGAAGUUAUAUUAAAGAUAUCACCAAAAAUAAUGAAAAUUAUCUUAGCACCUUUACUGAAAAUACGCCAAUCCUGUAUUAUACCAGUUGUAAAUAUGGGCAGUGGGCCGAAUAAAAACUCAACUAAUGUACAGCAAAAGCAAUUUCUACAACCAAAGGAUUUGCAUGCGCAUCUUAAGUCCACUAAUGAGAUUGAAUGCAAAACUGAAUUGCGUACCAUGGCAUCAUCAUAUAAUGGUAUGGCAGCAAUAUAUUUUAUGAAAGGCAAUUAUGAAGAGGCAAUUAAAAGCUAUGAAAUGGUACUGCGUUUGGCACGCGAUUACAAUAAUAUGAAAAUAAGUGUCGACAGUUUAUUGCAAAUCCAUGCUUUACACAACAUUCUCCAAGCCUGUUACUCGUCACCAACAAAGAUUAGUCAAUCUACCACCGAUUUGAUGACUGAAUAUGAAAAUGAGUGUAAUGCUUUGGAAUGGAAAUAUCUGGAACCAUAUGCCAAUAGUAUGAUAGGAAUGCGUACACUUUGCAACAAUGCAGAAGAAACGCUCAUGAGACUGGAAGCUGGCACCGAUGCGUCACUGCUCGAAUUUAUCACUAUACUGGCGAAUGAAAUUUGCUUACAAACGAAUGAAUUUGUAAUUGCUUUAUUAAAUCGUUUUCACGAUGAAUUCACAACCACUUUUGGUGGUAAUCCAAAAAUUGCAAAUCUACAAAGCGUAUCUGGUAUGGUCUACAUAGUGGAAAUUUGGUAUAAAAAAGUGGCAGAGGCGCAAAAAUAUAUAAAUAAAGAAUUUGAAAAUUUAAAAUUCUAUACCAUGAAUGUGACGGCAAGUGCCAAGAGUACGCCCGCCAUUUGGCGUGAAAUGACAAAAUUCAUACGCCAAGUCUACGAUUGUCAUCUUAGUGACAUACUGGAUGAAGAUAAGCAGAAAGAGAAAGAAAAGUCAAGGCGAAAGCCCAAGAAAAAUAAACGCGAUUUAUGCAAACUUUGUCAAAUACGUGAUGCACUGAAUGACUACGAAUGUUUGCUCUUCAAUAAAGUGGUUGAUGAAAAGACGAAUAUGACCGAAGGUUUGGAAAAUCCCUCUUUGGAAGUGGCGCUCAUUAAAAUUUUAUGCCAAUUUUUGCGUACAAAAUCCAAGUUCAUUAGCUACAUACCACAAAUGGACAAACAUUGGGAGGCAAUUGAAUGUGUUCAACAACGUUGUAAGAAGCUUAUAAAGUAUUGGAUCGAAAUUGAAUAUACCGUAAAAGCUUAUGAUGAAUUGGAUAUGUGUAAAAUGCGCAUAUCUUUAGCGGAAGAGGAAGAAGAGAAGUCACAUUUCAAAAUACUCGAUUAUGAGUUAGAUGACACCUUUGCUGAACAACAAAUGAAUUUGCACAGCGCACAACGUCAAUUCGCCAUGAAGCUUGCGCGUCUCAAGUACAUAACACAUUUGGAAGCGGAUGGCUCUAAUGGGCCAUGUCCAAUUUGUCAAACCGAAGAUGAAAAUCGUUAUGCUGUACUGGAGUGUGGUCACAAUAUAUGCCUACUCUGCUUGCGCAGAAUACGUGAAUAUGAAAUCAAUAUGCAUCGAAAAUUAUGUUGUCCGAUUUGUCGUAAUCAACAAAGUUCUGAAAAAAUUUACUACGUUACACGCACUGCCACACUUUCGACUGAGGAAGAGAUACAAAUUGUUGGCGAUUAUUCAACCAAAAUUACCUAUAUUGUGCGCCUGAUACUGAAGCUACAACGUGAACAUGCUAAGGAUGUACAACCUUUAAAGAUUUUAGUAUUCUCUCAAUGGACCGAGAUUUUACAGCCUAUCGCUACGGCUUUAAAACAGAAUGAUAUACGGCAUAGACUCAAUUUAACAACGCGCAGUAUUGAAGAAUUUAAGAACCCCCAGCUUGGUAUAACUUGCUUGUUAAUGCCUUUGCGUAAGGGCUGUAAUGGCCUAAAUUUAAUAGAAGCCACACAUGUUUUUCUCGUCGAACCGAUACUUAAUCCUGGCGAGGAAGCGCAGGCUAUCGGGCGCGUACAUCGUUUCGGGCAGACGAGAUCUACCACUGUACAUCGUUUCAUUGUUUGCAAUACAAUUGAGGAGAAUAUACAUAAUGUUGUUAAUGCUGGCAAGCAGUCGCAAGCCAAUUGGGAAUUUAAACAAAUGUCCGUUGAGAGUUUGCGUAAUCUAUUUCGCUUGGAAAAUGAUGUUAGUGAGGAGUUCAUACCGCACGCGGAGGAACCCAUGGAAAUGGCAUAAGUGAAGGCGUAAUUUUCUCUAUUUAGGUUGUUGAAACAACAGAAAAACAAAAACUUUCGUAAAAAGAAAAUCUAUGAGAUUUCGCUGUACCAAAUUGAUAAGGGUAUAAAAUAAUAAACCAGAAAAUAAUAAAUAAAAACUACACAAAAUUGUACUAAGCCUGCCAGUAUUUAAUUAUAAAUGUUAAAUACAGUUCGUCAGUAUUCAGUGUUUGUAAAAUAUUUUUUAUACCAAUAAAAAAAUAAUAAACACA